UUCUCCUCACACGCCUUUGCCAGCAGCGAACGCGACGCCGUCAUGGCAGACUUGGACGCAGUGGAGGCCAUGCUUGACGGCGACCUCAAGCAGAAGAAGACGGCGGAAACACCUGCACAGAAAACCGAGGAUGAGCGAGGUGAGCGUGCUGAAGAGCAUAACAACAGCGACCGCCGCCGCUCCCGCAGCCCUGAACGCCGUCACUCCCGCAGCAUUGAACGGCGACGUUCCCGUAGUCCUGAGCGCCGGCGUACCCGCAGCCCUGGUCGGCGACAUCGGCGGUCACGCAGCCCCCGACGCCGUCGCACUCCAUCACGGUCGCGGUCCCGCAGCCCAUCCCCUCAUCAUCGCCGCUACCGCCGCCGCUCCAGGACUCCACCUCGCUAUCGCCGUCGUCGCACACCACCAUAUUACCGCCGACGCCACCGGCGCUCCCGCUCUCCCGGACGCCGACACAGGUCCCCAGGCGCAUCCAACGUUGACCGGGAUGCGCGCACUGUCACGUGUCUACAGCUGCAUCGCACGUGCACGGCUGAAGACCUCGGCCAAUUCCUUGAGGAAAAGGCCGGCAAGCUUGUGUCGUGCCGCAUUGUUCGCGACCGCAACACGGGCCGCUCCAAGGGCAUCGCCUAUGCCGAGUUUGAGGACGAGUCCUCUGUCACCGUCGCGCUGUCCCUGACCGGACAGCGGCUCAAGGGCGCCCCGCUUGUUGUCAUGCCAACCAUGGCAGAGCGUAACAGGCAAGCUGCUGAAAAGGCGAAGCAGGAGCAGCUGGCCAGGACACGCGUCAUCGUCGAGAACUUGCCGGAAAAGAUUGAAGACGAGGAGGCCCUGGAGAAGCUGUUUGCUCGCUUCGGCAGAGUGAAGAAGGGUGUGCUGACAAAGGAUCAGUUUGGGCGGCCCCUUGGGUACGGUUACGUCGUGUUUGGCUUUGCAAAAGACGCUAAGGAGGCUGUCACGGGCAUGAACGGCCAGGCCAUUGACGACAAGGUGCUCAAGGUCACGCUCGCCGUGGACGCCUCCCCGCAGCUCGCGAGCCAGGUGAAUUUGGACACGCAGCCCAAGCCGAAUCUGCCUUUGCCACAACCAAACCGACCAAACUUCAGGCCAAAUAUGUCAAUGCCUCUUGGCCAGGCCCCUGCAGUGCCAGCUGUGGUGCCGCCGAUUUCGCGGCCACCGCUGCCGAUGAUGGCACCGCUCAUGCCUGCGCCGCCAAUGCGCCCGCCGGGCGUUCCAGGCCAGGUCCCUGCAAUCACGCCAAUGCCCAUGUCCCAGCCCACGCAGCCGCAGCCAUCCCUCCCUGGUGGCGUGUCGCAGAUGCCCACCAAUUUCCUCAAGCUGUCCAACAUGUUCGACCCGGCAGCUGAAACCGAUCCUGACUGGCAUGAGGACGUGCGGGACGAAGUGCUUGAGGCGUCAACCAAGUACGGCCCCGUCUUCCACAUCUUCGUGGACAAGACGGCGCCACAGGGCCAGGUGUUCCUCAAGUUCAAGGACAGCGUUGCUUCUGCGCAGGCGUACCAGGCCAUGAACGGCCGCCUCUUUGAUGGCCGCACUGUGAAGGCGGAAUACAUGAAAGAGACCUUCUACACAACUCGCUUCCUGGACGCCGCAGAUGCCAACACACCUCUCACCGUCACACCAGCAGACGACGAUGCGGCAGAGUAAUCCCGUGAAUGUGCGUGUAUGUGUGUGUGCGUGCGUGUGUGUGUGUGUGUGUGUGUGUGU